AUGUUUUUCAGAAAUGUUUGGUCACUUAGAGAAUUGUCGAUUUGCUGCAAGCCAGAAAUCAUCAAACUAAGUUCGAAUAGGCUAGGAUGUGGACGAUUACAACGUAAUUCAUUUCAUAACUCACGGCGUAGCGUGAGGCAACCAAGGCUUGAACCAAAUCCAUUAGAAAAUGUCCACUAUGAUUCUGUUCCUUUAAACGCAAGAGGAUUAUUAAAACCAUUUCUUUUUACUGUCGGAGUAUCAACAUGUAGUCUUAUUGGCUGUGUUAUCUGGGAAUAUGAAAAUUUACGUGCUCAUGCUGCAUCAUUACUUAGAAAACCUGGUACCUGGCUAAAUGCUCAACAAAAAAAAAUUUCAACACAACAUAAAUCGGAACCAAAUUCUUUAACCAAAUGGUGGAGUUCACUUCGACCAAGUGAAAAGGUGUUCUAUCCAAUUCUUGUAGCAAAUCUCUUAGUGUUUGGUGCUUGGCGUGUAAAAUCACUACAGCCUUUCAUGGUCAAAUACUUCUGUUCAAAUCCUUCUGGACGAGCAAAAUGCCUUCCAAUGGUUCUAUCCACAUUUAGUCAUUACUCAGCUUUUCAUUUGGCUGCAAAUAUGUAUGUUCUUUACAGCUUUAUGCCAGCGGCUGUGGCAUCUCUUGGCAAGGAGCAAUUUGUAGCAAUGUAUCUCAGUGCUGGUGUAAUUAGUAGCUUUGCCAGUUUUCUUUAUAAAGUGGUACUCAGCCAACCUGGCUUGAGUCUUGGAGCGUCUGGAGCAAUCAUGUCAGUUUUGUCGUUUGUGUGUAUGCAGUACCCCGACACAAGAUUGAGUAUAAUCUUUUUACCUAUGUAUACAUUUGCUGCAGGUACGGCUAUUAAAGUAAUAAUGGGUGUAGAUUUUGCUGGAGUUGUAUUGGGUUGGAAAUUUUUUGACCAUGCAGCACAUCUUGGUGGAGCUUUAUUUGGAAUAGCCUGGUGCUAUUGGGGUGGAUCACAUGUUUGGGGAAACCGAGACAAAUUCCUUCAGUAUUACCACAACUUCAGAAAGGACUCUAGAUAA